AUGAAAUUUAUAGUUGCGCGUGAUGAGCUUAAAAAAGCCUCUAUUUUAGAGUUUAAAGGAGAAUUUGAGAAGUUAGAUGAUAUAGAAAUGGACAUACAGGAAGACAAGAUUCUAUUUAAAACAUCCUUCAUAAAAAGCCAGAAGAAGGCAGUUGCAAAAAACAUAAUAUUAAAAGUGCAGGAUGGAAGAAUAGAGCCGCACGCCAUUGGCAUUGAACACCUUUUGUUUGACAAGCCACCAAAAUAUAUCAGUAAGUGUAAAAAAAGGAUAUUUCAUAGAAAGAGCACCUUGUAA